CCAUUUUAUCAAUUUAUCAAAAAUAACAAAAUGACCACCGAUUCAAAACGAAUUAUCAACGUAGGUGUACUGGGAGCAACAGGUACAGUAGGACAAAGGUUUUUAAUCUUAUUAUCAAAUCAUCCCAACUUUAAAUUAAUCAAAAUCGGAGCAUCCAAAAGAUCAUCCAAUCAAACAUAUCAAUCAAUCGUUAAAUGGAAACAAACUGUACCUAUUCCUCAAGACUUUCAAGAUUUAGUGGUUUCUGAAUGUGAUCCAAAGGAGUUUGAUGGAUGUGAGAUUAUCUUUAGUGGAUUAGAUUCUGAUGUAUCAGAAGAAAUCGAAACAAAGUUUAGAUUGAAAGAUUUUCCAGUGUUUUCGAAUUCGAAAAGUUUUAGAAGAGAUGGGUUGUGUCCCUUAGUUGUUCCUUUAGUGAAUCCAGACCAUCUACACCAAAUCCCAUACCAAAGAUCACAACUCACUUCACCAAGCUAUCCGAUCACCAAAGGAUUCAUAGUGACCAAUGCGAAUUGUUCUACCACAGGAUUAGUGGUUGUUUUAAAAGCCUUAGAAUCAUCAUUUGGACCGAUUGAGAAAGUCAGAAUGACGACUUUUCAAGCUAUUUCAGGUGGAGGAUAUCCUGGUGUAUCUUCUUUAGAUAUACUUGAUAAUGUGAUACCUUAUAUUGAAGGAGAAGAAGAAAAGAUCCAAUGGGAAACCCAAAAGAUCUUAGGAAACUUAUCAACUGAUCAAACUGAAAUCAUUCUAAGAUCAAAUGAACUUCAAACUUCUUGUAAUCAUACGAAAACUAAUCGGAUCGAUAUUAGUGUGACGACUACAAGAGUGCCGGUCUUGGAUGGUCAUCUUUCAGAUGUAUCAGUUUCAUUUAAGAAUAAACCGAUCCCUUCGAUUGAUGAAAUUCAACAGGUCCUUAAAUCUUAUCGAACUGAUGCUAAUUCACUUCAGUGUUUUUCGGCUCCUCAGUUUCCAAUCUUUGUUCAUCAUCAAAUCGAUCGUCCUCAACCUAGACUUGAUAGGUAUUUUCAAAACGGAUCUGGAAUUAAUAUCGGUCGAAUUAGAAAAUGUGAAGUUUUAGAUAUUAAAUUUAUUAUUUUAACUAACAAUGUUAGUAUUGGAGCGGCUACAAGUAGUAUAAUGAACGCUGAAUUAACUGUAGCUAAAGGUUUAAUUUGAUCCAAUCAUACCAACUUGAUUUGUCUAUCCAAUCAAACCCCUUUUCAUAAAAUAAGUUUUUUUCUUGAAAUUGGAAUUGAAGGUUAUUAAAAUGUUGGUAUUAUGAGGUCUUUUUUCUUGUGCUUUUUUUCAUAACUUGAAGAUGUUUCUUUGAUUUGUAAAUUUUUGGUUUCUUUUAUUGAACCGGCUUUUUGUUUUUACUUCUUUGGUUCAUUGGUCUUAAUGAAAAAGAAUAAGUAAGAAGGGGAG